ACCACCCAUGCGUGGUGACCGAUAGCUACGUUUUAAAAAAUUAAUUAAAAGAGUUUCAUUAAGUGUUGGAAAUAAGUUUCAUCGAAAUGGAAGAAAAAUCUGGGAAUCCACUGCCAUACUCUGGAGUGCCAACGUACCCUCACCAGCAGCUUCCACCAGACCCAGUUAAUGUGGUCCCUGGUGGAGUCAUCGUCCAGAACCCUAUACAACCAAACGUAGUUUCAGCCAUAGUGGUCAGCCCACCGGUUGGGCCGAAACCUUCCCAUAUGACCUGUCAGUCUUGCGGAGCAGAAAUUGUAACCAGAGUUGAAUAUAAACCUUCAACAAAAACUCACCUGAUUGCAUUAGCUCUUUGUAGUUUGGGUUGCUGGUGCUGCGUUUGCAUCCCGUAUUGCAAAGAUUCCUGCCAGAACGCCGACCAUUACUGCCCUAAUUGUGACUCGUAUAUUGGAGUGUACUCUUCCUAGAUUGUCAUAAUUUCGAGAAGUAUUUUGCACUCUACCUAUCUAUGGCUUUUUGGGAUCAAAUUUUGUUAGUGUAAGCGUCAGCGCAAAGCGGUGGCUGGCAAUUCAGAGGACAUUAAAUUCUUCAAUGCAUAUUCUAUGCAAUUUCAAUUAAUUGAAAUAAUGACCUGAGACCGGCUUCAGAGCAUCGUGGCGCAUUUGUCUUUGCGGUAUUGAAGAGCACGCUAGACGAUAUCGAUAUGCAACGGAAUCCACCGGUUUUGCACCUAGAUGCGCUGCGCUUCACUGCGUAGUUGCUAGUGAAACAAAUUGUAAUCCAUUUGUAAUCCAAGCGACCGAUGGGAUGUCGGCGGAUGCCGCAGAAUCGUAAAGGAUCCUCAUUUCAUUCCGGUUUGCGUUGGCCUUUAAAGAUAUGUCAUUUAUGGUCCCUAAAUUAGAACGCUUGUAUUGCUAUUAAAGUCAAUAUCGAACCCUUAAAAACCAUUCGAUGUUUUGGAAUAUGACAUAUAGCUGCUAGAAAAAGUUUGUCACCGUUGUGUAUUUUUGUUGAGUACAUAUUUCUAGUACAUUUAUGACGAGAAUAAUUCGCGAAAGAAAAUAUGCGAGGAUCGUAAGUGGUGAUCAAAGUGUGGGUAUAACUACACGUACAAGGGACUAGUCAACUGUAUGUCUUAGAGCGACAGGUGCAGUGACAGUGCACCU